AAGCAAUAUUCACACUGCCCUGAUCGACUGGUCGUUCCCAGUUGCCAAUAGUGAUCCAACUUGUGAAUCCGCUUGCCCUUUGUCUCCAUCUCUACUCGUAUCAGACCUGCAGUAAUGGAUAGCUUGACGAACAGUUUGAGGGGAACGAACAGAAGGCGUGCUGAGAGUGCCCUCCACUCUGUUAUACAGAUGGAAGAACAAAGCAUUUUGUUGCCAGGAGGAGAGAGAAUAUCCCAUUUAUGUCAAAAUGGAGAACUACUCUGUUACAGAUUUGAAGAUGCACAAACCUUGUAUGAAGCAUUUCAAUGUGGAAAGGGCUUUUCCAAUGAUGGUAAUUGCUUGGGCUGGAGAGAGGACAGCAAUUCUCCAUACCAAUGGAUAUCAUAUUCAAAGGUAGAGGAAAGGUUUAUGAACUUUGGAUCCGGUCUCAGUAAAAUUGGUGUAGCAGCAGGCCAAGAGACAUUUCUGGGAGUAUUUUCGCCAAAUUGCAUUGAAUGGACGAUUAUUGAACAAAGCUGUCAUGCUUAUUCACGUAUUGUUGUGGCACUGUAUGAUACACUUGGACCAGAGGCUGUGGCACACAUCAUUAAUCAAGCUACCAUAGAGUGUAUUGUCUGUCACUCAUCAAAAGUGUCUGGUCUCAUUAGUCAAGUAUCUAACUGUCCAAGUCUUAAGAAGCUCAUCACUAUUGGGUCAGAGGUCAAUGAAGACGAGAAGAAAGCAGCUGCUGAUGUCGGACUUGAACUGUUCACCUUUCAAGAAGUGGAGGAACAAGGGAAAGAACACAGAGCUGAACCAGUAUUACCUACUCCAAAUGACAUAACUACUAUAUGCUACACCAGUGGUACUACAGGCCUGCCUAAAGGAGUCAUACUGACUCAUGGUAAUGUAGUAGCCAAUGUCUCUGGGAUAUUGAAACAGAUUGAAGAAUCAGUUGUUAUUGGUCCUACUGAUGUCCAUAUAUCAUAUCUACCAAUGGCACACAUGAUGGAGAGAUGUGUUCAAGCAACCAUGUUCAUGUGUGGGGCACAGAUUGGUCUUUAUCAAGGAGAUGUUAAGACUCUUGUUGACGACAUACAAGUUUUGAAACCAACGCUCUUCAUUUCUGUACCACGUCUACUGAAUAGGGUCUAUGAUAGAGUUUGGAGUAGUGUUGAGAGCAGCAAAGCAAAAAAGUGGCUUUUUGAAACUGCUUAUAAAAAUAAACUUGCGGAAGUUGAAAGAGGUAUUUUAAGACGCAAUUCAAUUUGGGAUUGGAUUGUAUUUGGCAAGAUACAGAAAUUGCUUGGAGGAAAUGUGAGACUAAUCUUAUCUGCAUCGGCUCCAAUUAGUGAAAAAGUUGUUGCUUUUUAUCAAGUCGCUUUUGGAUGCUACCUGGUUGAAGGAUAUGGCCAAACGGAAGUCACUUCAGCCUGUACAAUGUCCCUACCUGCUGAUACUGGCUGUGGACAUGUUGGACCACCAUUGGCAUCAGCAAAAGUUAAAGUAGUUGAUGUCCCUGAUCUGAAUUACUUUGCAUCAAAUGGAGAAGGAGAGAUAUGCUUUAAGGGUCCUUCUUGCACUAGUGGAUAUUUUAAGGAAGAGGAGAAGACGAAGGCAUUGAUUGAUGAAGAUGGUUGGGUUCAUUCUGGUGAUAUUGGUAAAUGGCUCCCUAAUGGAACACUCAAGAUAACUGAUAGAGUCAAGCACAUUUUUAAACUCUCACAAGGAUUGUAUAUUGCUCCGGAGAAAGUUGAAAAUGUCUGCAGUCGAUCUCCUUUCAUUGCUCAAAUGUUUCUAUAUGGAGACAGUCUGAGGAGCAGCUGUGUGGCUAUUGUAGUACCGGAUGAAGAAGUACUGACCCAAUGGGCAGGGGAACAUGACAAAGGAGGCAAAUCAUUUGAAGAACUUUGCACUGAUGAGGACAUUAAGAAGAUGAUUUUCGAUGAUUUGCAGUCUGUGGCACGUAAAGAGAACCUAAAUUCGCUUGAGAUACCAAAAGCUAUUGAACUAAUCUCGGAGGCUUUUAGUGUCGAAAAUGAUUUACAGACCCCAACGUUCAAGAUUAAAAGACCAGCUGUCAAACAGAGGUACAAGGAAGUCUUUGAUGAGCUGUACUCGAAAUUACCUGCUUGAAAAUUUAUUAUUAAAAAAAUACUUUCACAAACUGAUGUGCUAAAUUUAAUUUUUUGAAAUUUUAAUUUUCUUUACCUCAUGAAUAAUUAAUUUAGCAGUGUUGCCAUGGUAACGAAUAAAUAAAGAUGGAGAGUGACUACGUGAAAGAAACAGUUGGAGAAGCUCUUGCUCUAGGCUUAGCUCAAGUAGCUUUGGUCCGUCCACAAGAUCCAAUAGAGUAUUUAGGAUUAUGGCUAUUGAAGCACAAAAGAAACCAAGCAGAAGCAAAGGAAAAGGCUCGAGCCAUUAAAAACGAGAUUGCUAGAGAUGAUGAAACAGCAGAAACUAAGCCAGUCACAACUGAUAGUCAAAAUGAGGGCAAAGGGGAAGAAGA